UCAUCAGCGGAGAGAGAGAGAGAGAAGAAGAAAUUAGAAAGAAACAGAGCACCCAACAACAGAGAUAACGAAGAAGAAGGAAGAAGAAGAAAGAAGAAGACGAGGAGGAGGAGAGAGCUUUGGCCCGCCCCCGCCCAUUUUCUCGCACUCCCAUCUCUCUCCUCUCUCACUUUCAUCUUCUUAGGAUUCCCGUCCCUGUUGAUUCAGCUUAAAGUUAUAUAAUAGGCCUCUCUGUUUCCGGUUGGUUGAUUUCGGCUCUGUCGGCUGUUUCGGCGAUCUUGUUCUCGGCAUUGAUCGGGAUUUGUGAGGAAAGAUUGUAAUUCAGGAGGAAUCUAAAUGGACAGGGCUUGAAAUCUGAAUUUUCCGGGGGUUAGGAUUCGGCGGUUUCUUGUGGACGAAUGGCGGCGACGGAGCAGGCCUUGCCGUUCUCGUUGGAGUCUGUGGUGGAGGACGUUCUUCAGCAGCACGGGACACUGCUAAGCGACCGCAACUUGGCUUCGCGAAAAGCUGAGGAAGCCUCCUCAAGAAGGUAUGAAGCAGCCGGGUGGUUGAGGAGGAUGGUUGGAGUUGUUGGGGGCAAAGAUCUGCCCGCUGAGCCAUCUGAAGAAGAGUUUAGGCUUGGGUUACGGAGCGGAAUAAUUCUCUGCAAUGUGCUCAAUAAGAUUCAGCCCGGGGCUGUGCCGAAGGUGGUCGAAGGCCCUUCAGACUCUGUUAUUAUUCCCGACGGAGCUGCUCUAUCAGCAUAUCAGUACUUUGAGAAUGUCAGGAACUUCCUUGUUGCUAUGGAAGAAAUGGGGCUUCCGACAUUCGAAGCCUCUGACUUGGAGCAGGGAGGAAAAUCAGCCAGGAUUGUCAACUGUGCGCUGGCCCUCAAAGCCUAUAGUGACUGGAAACAAGCUGGUGGAAUCGGAUCAUGGAAAUUUGGCGGAAAUUUGAAACCUAUCACUUCCGGGAAACAUUUUGUGCGUAAGAAUUCAGAGCCAUUCAUGAAUUCUUUCUCACGGACUUCUUCUGCAAGCGAGCAAUAUUUCCUGGGAGACCUCGGUCAUGACCUCAGUGAAGCUGCAGCAUCUCGGUCUCUCAAUGUGCUAGUCCGUCAGAUUCUUUCGGACAAGAAACAAGAAGACAUACCAAUUAUUGUGGAGGCAAUGCUCGGUAAAGUCAUGGAGGAAUUUGAACAUCGUCUUGCAAACCAAAAUGGAGUGAUGGAAGCAGAACGGGAAGAUUCGACUGUCUAUCCUAACAAGCCUCUUUCAACAACUUCAUCAGAAGAUAUGAAGCCUGAUUUGAUCAUAAAGGAAGAGACAGAAGAGUCACCAAGAACAGAAGAGAUAGAAGAAAAGGUCGCAAAGAGGUUCAUGAAGGAACAUCAAGAACAUAAAUGUGAUCAUGAUGAGCAACUGACAGGUCAAAUUGUGAAGCAUCAGAGAGUUGUCGAACGACAACAGAAACAUAUUCAGGAGCUGAAGCAGACUCUCACCACAACAAAGGCACAAAUGCAGUUCUUACAAACGAAGUACCUCGAGGAGUUUGGCAACAUCGGUAAACAAAUGUAUGGGCUAGCUCAUGCUGCUUCUGGAUACCAAAAAGUUCUCGAGGAAAAUCGCCGUUUAUACAAUCAGGUGCAGGACUUGAAAGGAAAUAUUCGAGUUUACUGUCGAGUGAGACCAUUUCUUCCGGGUCAACCAAAUAGCGUCAAUGCAGUAGGCCACUUAGACGAUGGAAGCAUUACGAUAAUCACCCCUUCAAAAUAUGGGAAGGAGGGAAGGAAAUCAUUUACCUUCAACAGAGUAUUUGGUCCCACUGCAACCCAAGCGGAAGUAUUUGCCGACACCGAACCUCUCAUUCGAUCUGUUCUUGAUGGUUAUAAUGUCUGUAUAUUCGCUUAUGGUCAAACUGGAUCAGGAAAAACACACACGAUGUCGGGACCCAAGGACCUCACGGAGGAAAGCAUGGGCGUGAACUACAGGGCAUUGAGUGAUCUCUUUUUGAUUUCCAAACAGAGAAAAGAUACCAUUGCCUACGAUAUUUUCGUCCAGAUGAUCGAGAUUUACAACGAACAAGUUAGGGACCUUCUCGUGACUGAUGGUUCGAUCAAAAGACUUGAAAUUCGUAACAGUUCCAAUAAUGGAAUUAAUGUACCAGAUGCAAAUCUUGUUCCGGUUUCAUCGACGGCUGAUGUUGUUCAAUUGAUGAAUCUUGGCCAUCGCAAUCGUGCAGUUAGUGCCACAGCUCUGAACGACCGAAGCAGUCGCUCACAUAGCUGCCUGACUGUUCAUGUUCAAGGCAAAGAGACGUCAGGAACUACCCUACGAGGCUGCAUGCAUCUUGUUGAUUUGGCAGGAAGUGAGAGAGUUGACAAGUCGGAAGUGGUCGGGGAUAGACUAAAAGAAGCGCAGCAUAUUAACAAGUCUCUUUCUGCGUUAGGAGAUGUUAUCUCGUCUCUUGCCCAGAAGAACUCGCACGUCCCUUACCGGAACAGCAAGCUGACCCAGUUGCUCCAAGAUUCACUUGGAGGACAAGCCAAGACACUCAUGUUUGUGCACAUUAGUCCCGAACCUGAUGCACUAGGAGAGACAAUUAGUACACUCAAAUUCGCUGAACGCGUUUCCUCCGUUGAACUUGGUGCUGCUCGAGUUAAUAAAGACAGUUCAGACGUGAAAGAGCUGAAAGAGCAAAUAGCAAGUCUCAAAGCUGCCCUUGCGAGGAAGGACGGAGAAGGAGAGCAACAUUCCCGAUCGAGCAGUCCAGAAAGAUACGGAGUGAAGUCUGCUGGGUCAUCUUCUUCCAAUCUUAGCUGGCCGAGUUUGGUUAAUACACCCUCCAAUCACAGGCAGCCCAUCGAGGACAUUGCCAAUGUUGAGGUCCAGAACAAGACUGUUUCCCAGCCGAAAAGACGAAGCUUUGAUCUUCAAGACUUGUUAGCAAACUCGCCACCGUGGCCACCUAUCAGUAGCCCGGGACUAAGUGGGAAAGAAGAUGAUAAGGAAUCGGUGUCUGGCGAAUGGGUCGACAAGGUUAUGGUGAAGGGUGUAGUAAGCCAGGAAGAGAACCCACCAGUAGCGUGGGAGGCCGCAGAUAACAAAAAGGAGCUUCCUCAGAUGUUCUACAAUGGUUUUACCCCUGACCGUUCGAAGAUUUAUCCUGAAAACCAGCACCCUGACGUUCAGAGGAACAGGGAUGACGUGGGGGGUGAUCACGACUCCGAUGAUCUUGAUGCAACAACAAGCGAUUCCUCAGAAGCCGAUCCGCUGUGGCAGUAUAAUGCUUCUAAGACUGUCAAGAGCGGGUUAGGUCCCAAGAAUACUAAGAAACCUCAGCUGAAGACAGCUAAGAGCAGCUCGGAAAUGAGGAGUAUGAUUCCGUCACUAAUCCCGAACCUGACGAAGAAGACACCGAACGGGGUCAGCACAGCGACGAACAGGGCGAAACCUGGCAGCCGGAGAAACGGGGGAGGGAAGUAGGAGGGAGUUUGCCGAGAGCUUUUGUGCUGCAGGCACUGACGGUCUGUCUUCAUUGAGCAGCUCUGCCAUUUUUCCAUUUUUAUUUUUUUGUUCUUUGUGUACUUAAUAUUUUUUUUUUCUCCCCUCUCCACGAGAGGGAGAAAGUGAGCGAGAGGAAGGGUGAGAGUCUGUGUUAAUGUAGAUGAGGCAACAUUCGUGGUUGCCUGUUUCUGUUUUCCUUUUGUUUAUAUAUAUUUGUCUGUUUGUUCUUUGUUUUCCCACGUUUUCUCAGUAUUGUUAAUUAGAUUAUCAAAGAAAAAAGGAAAGUGAAAGAAAAUUAUUUGGAAAAUUAAAUGGAACGAUCAUUGUCGUA